CUUUGUCGCGCGCCGCCCGCGCGCGGUCACCUGUGUCGCGACGUCCUCAGUCGCAAAGCGGCCGCGUCGCGCGCCACCCGCUUACACUCCGCGUAUAUUAUGACAGUGACGUGAUGGAAGGCAAAGAGUUCGGUGCGGUUCCCGGCCUACCUGCCGGUUUGGACUAUUUUAUGAUGCCACGAGUCAGCCAACCCGCACCACAUUUCGACUUCAGAAAAUUGGGCGCGAGCUUCAGCGGCCGAGACGACGACAGAAAUGAAGAACGACGAUCGCCGGAGUACCCGGCGGAGCGCCGUGAGCCGCCACAUGCCCCCUGGCCGCUCGGCCUCGGGGUCCAGUUCGUCAACCCCGCCACGGGAAAGAAGAGAGUGCAAUGCAACGUAUGCCUGAAAACUUUUUGUGACAAAGGAGCGCUAAAAAUUCAUUUUUCGGCUGUGCAUCUGCGAGAGAUGCACAAGUGUACGGUGGAAGGAUGCACCAUGAUGUUCAGUUCGCGCCGUUCGAGAAAUCGGCACAGUGCUAAUCCUAAUCCUAAGUUGCAUUCGCCGCACGUGAGACGCAAGAUCUCGGCGCAUGAUGGGCGAUCGGCGCAACCGUUCCCGUUGCUGCCGGCGUUGGCGCGGCUGCCGUUGCCACCACCGGCGCUGCUGCCUCCUGAACUUGCAGCCCGACUACCUCCUCCAUUAACAGCUCCGGGCCCCACGCCGCUACCACCACGAGUACCUCUAGACGACUUCCGCAACUUCAGUGAAAUUGAAAAAAUGUACAGAAAAAAUCCGACCCCAGAAGAACACUCUCGAGUCGCGUUAGAUCUCGCUAAACCACCUACCGCCCUCGAGGAAGAUUCUAAUAAUUAUAGUGAAAAUAAUGAUUAUGUUUCUGAUGAUGAAGAUAAAAUUAAAAGUGAAGUUCACUGCGAGUCGCCAGUCACAGACAGGUUGACCUAUGAUGACCAGCCGGAAGACUUGAGUGUAAAUAAAAAUAAAGUUGAAAGCAAACCUGCUGCCGCCGAGCCCGAAGCUAGCGGCCGCGCAGACCCCACCGCCUCAGAUGAUAAGAUGUCAUCGUUUGUUCCAAAUAAACGUAAAAGAAAAAGUGGCAAUCCAACUCGGUGUUCCCAAAACAAUGAAUAUAGUGUAUCCGAUGAGGAAUAUCAAGCAGAUUUAUUUAGAAAUAUAUCAACUCCAGGAUCGAGCCGGGCGGAAGACGAACCAUUGUCUCUGAAAAAACAAAAGCCUGAAAAGUGGGAGACAUUUCAGAACGGUGAUGAAACAGCUGUGGACUCGGUAUCCAUAACGCGAGUGAAGGCAGAGAGUGAAUCGGACGAUGAGUCUAGUGCGCCCAGCGUGGUCCGCGAAGGGUUGCGUUUGCGAUCUGAUUUGUACACACCAAGUGAUAGCGGGAGCGAUUUGCACGCGAUGGAGGAAAGACUCGCCCGAGCGCGCUCACCCUCUGCCAGCAGCGAUCGAACAGAUGACAGGACAGAUAUCAAUGAUCUCGAGAUUCCUAUCGACGAUGAAAACCCUGACCGUUGUACGGCCUGUGGGAAGGUAUUUCAAAACCAUUUCACGCUGCGAAUGCAUUACAGAAACGAUCAUCUGAAACUUCUCCAUCCUUGUGACGUAAACGGAUGUGAUGCCGCCUUCCCUUCUCGGCGGAGUCGAGAUCGACACAGCUCAAAUGUCGAUUUACACAGGAGACUGCUUUCCACUGGCCCUAAUGAUGGCAGAGAAAAACCCGCAUUAGAAGUCAACACCGAGCUUUUGAAUAAACUAUAUGCUGAUAUAAAAGGUCUCGCAUCAACGCUUGAGAGUUUAAGGUAUGGGAAUGAAGACUCCUCGCAAAUACCAAAUUAUAUGACUGAGACUAUGAAAUUUUAUAGUAGAAACUUAAGCGCGCUGCAGGCAGGUUUGUUUCCCCAUUUUGGCGAGCGGGGGUUUUUUCCGGCCCCUUUUCUGAUGGGUAACGGAGCUCCGCAAGCUGGUGGUGCUCCUUAUGGGGCUCCUGCGGGUGCCCAGUCGGCCAGAGAAUCAUUAUCACCUCUCUCAGCUUCGUCUCCUCCUGUGAUCUCGCCUGGAAGGCUGGACGCCGCUCUCGCUCGCCCCCGAGAAGACGCGAAACUGCUUUUUCGCGAGACUUCAGAAUCAUUUAAGAAAAUGACGUCACUAUGCGAGCGACAGGAGCAGCUGUAUCAGCACCACGUCCCCGUGUCAUGACGGGGUCGACACAACCCUCGCCCGGCUUGGUGAUACCUCACUUCCUGAAUCCAAACGCGCGACAGACUCUCAUAUUUAAUUGUUAAUAAUUUUAAUUGUGUUAAAUCUAUUUCGUAUUUCGUUUUGUAUUUUCUUGUGAUAUUUAGACAAAUAUAUCGUAAUUAUUGAUCCCACGAACUUUAAGUUAGGGAUAGCAUCGCUUGGUUGAGUAUGCGUUAUGGCGCGAAGUGCAAUACGGACUCUGAUAUUAUAAAUAUUAAUGGACUUGUGUACGAUAUGGUAUCGUGUAGAAUAUUCGUAAUCGAUGUUGAAAGUAAACGUUAUAAUGAUCAGCUUCAUUUAUUGUUCUGGCACAAUAAACUCAUUGAGGAAAA